UUAACUUUGAUAGCACAAACCUUAUAAUUUUAUUGAAAGUACUUAUUUAAUCAAUUAAAUAUCGAGACAUGUGGUCAUCAAAUUUGGAUACUAGUAUAACUUCUGAAGGUGGAUUUUUGGAUAGUAGUCGUAAAGAUCAAGAUGAUGGAAAAAUGCGAAGAGUUCAAACUAUUGUCCCUUUUAUGAUAAAACAUUUACUUUCUACUCCUAGUACUGAAGACGUAAAACUGUGGGACAUUCCAGCGCGUAUGUUUGUAAUAAUUGGAAUAGUACGUAAUGUUGAAGAAACAGCAACGAAAAUAUCAUACGAUAUUGAAGAUGAAACAGGUACCAUUACUGCACUUAAGUGGUUGGAAGCGGAUAAGAAAGAAUCAGACCGUACAAUAGAAAUGAAUACAUAUGUUCGUAUACUUGGUUUACUCAGAGAACAAAAUGAUAAGCGACAUGUUUUAAUUUUACGAAUGUGGUCACUACAAAAUUUAAAUGAGUUAACAAAUCAUAUUCUUGAAGUUACUUAUGCCACAUUAAAGGCUAAAGCAAUGACAAUGAAAACAGAAAUAGGACACCAAAGAUGUGAAAGUGCAGCAAAUGAAAUACCAGAUGAAAAUUCUCCUUAUUAUGGUAUGACAGCAGAUCAGACCAUAGUUUAUAAAAUUAUUCAUGCACAGAAUGAUACUGAAUCUGGUAUUGAAAGAUCUGAUAUCAAAACAAAUGUACCAAGUAGAAUUUUACGUGAAGUAGAUAAUAUUUUAGAUUUUUUAGUUUCUGAAGGUCAUAUAUAUACUACAAGUACAGAUGAUCAUUUUAAAACAACUUAA